AUGAGCAAUAGUCCUGUUUCUUGCAGCAGAUCCUGGUCAAUCAGCGAGGAUUCGCUGAGAAGAUACGUGUUUUAUGCGAGUGAGAAUUGCAUUCAGGAGUUAUUAUCAGCAUCAGACUCUAGCAAAGCUGGAAAUGGUCUUGAAAAUGGCUGGAAAGUAUUAGGAAUGGACAAUGGUGUGGAGAUUUCUAAACGCCGGUCGGGAUCCUUGCACACGUUUCGCAGUCGUUGGCUGCUUAAAUCUGUCUCUCCCCAGCAGUUCAUCACCGUGGCUAAUGCCAUUGAUGCUGCAAAGCAAUGGGAUUCUGAUUUGGUAGAAGCAAGAUACAUAAAAGAGUUGGAAGAGAAUUUCAGCAUCAUUCGGCUCAAGUUUGGAGAUUGUGCAAAGCCACUCUUCAGAAACAGAGAAUUUAUUGUAUAUGAGAGACGUGAAACUAUGGACGAUGGCACCCUUGUUGUAGCAGUGGCUUCCCUUCCGAAAGAAAUAGCAUCAGGAUUGCAUCCUAAGCAAAAUAACUCCAUCAGAGCUCUGUUGUUGCAGUCCGGAUGGGUUGUGGAGAAACUUGAUAAUGAUUCUUGCAUGGUUACUUACGUAGUUCAGUUGGACCCAGCAGGAUGGUUGCCAAAGUGCUUCGUCAAUCGACUCAACACAAAAUUGGUGAUGAUCAUUGAAAAUCUUAAAAAGCAAGUUCUGGCAUGUCCCCCCAGUAUUGUUGAUUCAUCAUAG